AUGAGGCACAAUAAAGAAAGAGAAAAGGCUGUACAAGUUGAAGGAGAGAGACGAAUGAUCCGGCAGAUGAAGGUCAGCACCACAAGUCGCACGAAAGAGAGACGCAUUCGACUAUCGCCUAACACUGCAAUUCAAUUUUACGAUGUGCAAGAUAGGCUAGGGUAUGAUCGAGCUACCAAUGCAAUUGAUUGGCUCAUGAAGGAAGCCAAAGUUGCCAUUGAUGCACUCGGUGAUGCAAAUCAAGAUGAUAAUCAGGGGUACCAAAUACCAGCUAUAACCACCAUUUUCAGCCCUUCAGAGACAUUUCAUCCAACAACCGAUGAUCAGAUUCAGCAGAACACGAAUCAUGAACAGACAAACAGUUUAGAUCACAACCUGUCUGCGCUCAUGAAUCCAAUCAACAGAUGCGCGCAAGAAAUGGACCUCUUUUCAACCUCAAAAGCCUCAGUGGAUUUCACAUGGAGUCCAAAUUACAACAGAGGAGAAGCAAGAAAUUCAAGUUCAAGAGGAUGA